AUGCUAAAAUUGGAGAUAAAAAUCACGAUUUGGCAGAUUCACCAGUUUCUCCAGGAGUCCGAAAGGUUACAAGAUCAACUACGUGACCUCUUACCAAACACCUUGUGGACACAAACACAGUGUAAAUUACGCAAUUAUUACAAUUGGAAUUUUACGAAGGUGAAAAACAACAAUAUUCGAAAGUUUAACAAUCUACUCAGUCAAUCGAUUGACAAUAAUACGUCAGUUGGUGGUACGAAGAUCUUUAACUUCACGGAUGUCAUUCUUUCUGACCCUGUCCGUAGAAUAUUAACUUUGGAUGGUAAUUUUGGGCUAGUUCCACCACCGAAUAAGUCACCGAUUGUAAAUGUCAUCAAAGACUUCGAAGGUUGUUUAUGUAAGGUUAAAAUAGAUGAUUUCAAUAAUGAUGAACUGAAUGAGUUUAGAAAUAAUUUAAGAGCGAGAGGUGUUAACAUAAUCACUAAUUAUUUAAAGAAUCAGCAUAGAAGAAGAUCAACAAGAGUCAAGGAUCCUAAUAUUAAUAGUAAAGACGUUAAAUUGACUAGAGAUUUUUUAAGAGAGAACGACGACUUAAUAGUGACAAGGUCUGAUAAAGGGAAUGCUACUGUAGUGAUGCGGAAACAAGAAUAUUUGGAUGAAAUGAAUACUAUGGUCACAGAUGAGAGCACUUACAUCAAGACAAGAGUGGAUCCCACUUCAAGAUUACAAACGUCGGCGAAUGCGUUAAUUAAAAAACUUGAAGAUAAAAACUUUAUUGAUGAGAUUAAAGGUAAACAAAUGAGAUCUUACAACGCUUUACCACCCAGGUUAUACGGGUUAAGGAAAACGCAUAAAGUUGGAUGUAAAUUGAGACCAGUAGUAAGUAACAUUGGUUCUCCGGUCUAUGAGAUAUCUAGAUUUGUACAUAAGGUCUUAUCCCCGUAUGUACUGAGUCUCAAGUUCAAUAUGAAGGAUUCAUAUCAGUUUGUUGAUAGGAUCAAAUCGAUUGUCGUAGAUAAUGAUUACCAGCUAAUUUCCCUUGAUGUUGUGUCAUUGUUCACUAAUGUCAAGAGAAGUUUAAUUAUCAAGAUUAUUGACGACCGAUGGGAAGAUAUGAAGGAGUUUGUGGAUUUGGAUCGUGAUCUAUUUAUUGAUCUGGUGAACUUUUGUUUUGAUUCCGGAUAUUUUUUGUUUCAAAAGAAUUUUUACCUACAAAAAGAAGGAUGUGGGAUGGGCAGCCCGGCAAGUCCGUCAAUAGCCAUCACUGCAGUGGAUUUUGUAAUAUCGAAAGCAUUGGAGAAUUUGGACUUUGAGAUUCCAGUUUUAGCAGCGUAUGUUGAUGAUCUUUUCUUAGUGGUUCCAAAGAAUAAGGUGGUUACCGUCUUACAAGUUUUCAAUUCAGUUGAUGCUGACAUUCAGUUCACAGUUGAGAAUGAAGUUGAUGGAAAACUUCCUUUUUUGGAUGCCCUGGUAUGCAGAACAGAUUCAGGUGAACUCAAAACUUCUUGGUAUCAAAAACCUUAUAGUUCUGAGAGAGUGCUGAAUUUUAAAUCUAAUCAUCCUUUAAGCCAGAAGUUAGGUGUAGCACAAGGUUUUUUCAAUAGAGCUAUACGCCUAAGUCAUGAGAGUAUGGUUUCUAUAAGUAUAAACAAAGUUAGACACCUAUUGCUGAAUAACAACUAUCCACGCUCAGUUGUGGAUAAGUGUCAAAAAGUUACUGUUGACAGAGUCAAGAAUAACUUGAGAAACAAUGCUGGUCUUAGAGGGUGGUCGUUCUGCAGGUUUCCAUUUAUAAAGGGUUUAUCACCGAGAAUUGGUUUUCUAUUUAGACCGACCAAUUGCAAAUUGGUAUUUUACAAUGUCUUUAAGGUUAAAGAUUUGUACAGCAGGUUAAAAGAUCCAGUUGAUAAGAUGGAUAGAUCCUUUGUGGUGUAUAAGAUACCUUGCACAUGUGGAAAGGUUUACAUUGGGCAAACGAAACAGAAAUUAAAGAAGAGAUUGUAUCAACAUUCUGUGGACUGCAGACCGGAAAGUUUGUUGAAACCGAACAGGACAGCUUUUAGCAGAUCAUCACUUUGA